AUGUCUCGCCGCGUCUACUUCGAGGACGAGCUUGAGGCCCGCCGUACCAGAGGCGCGGGAGGAAGCCGAGGCCGCAGCCAAAGCGUCGAGCGGUCAAACACCUUUGACGCCGCAACCAUGGCGGGCCGUGACCGCUAUGCCGACUAUGCCGAGAGUGAACUCGACCAACUCCGCCGAGAGAACCAGUACCUCCGCAUCCAAGUACGCGACGCCAAGGACGACCGGUCCUACGUCAAGAAGCUCGAGGCGGAGCGCGAAGAGCUCUUCCGCGAGAACAUCAAGCUCCGCCAGACGAGCGACUACACCUCCGACAACGAGGCCCGCAAAGACGCCAAGCUCCGCAAGAAGAACGCCAAGCUCGAGGCCGAGAUCAACACCCUCAAGGCCCAGCUCGCGAACGCCCGCGACAAGGCGUCCUCGUCCCGCAAGAACUACGAUGACCUGUUGCGCGAGAGCCAGCGCACCGAGAAAGACCUGCUCCGCCGCAUGGAAAUCAUGCGCAACAACAACGCCCUCCUCGAGCGUGAGAUCAGCGACCUCACGCGCGGCAUCUCGGCUGCCACGUCCAACACCACCAGCGGCCUCGAGGAGCGCUUCUACCGCCGCGGCUACUAA